CGUUUCUUAAUUCACGUGGAGCGAAUGCUGCUCCUGCUCGGCAUCGGCUGCUCUGCUGCCGUGGCCCGUGCGUGGGAUUUAGCUCAGGAACCCACGCCUGACAUCCCCUCUUCCUCCCCGGCCGGCGAUGUCGUCUUCGUCUUCCGCGCUGGCCAAAGGCAAGUCGGCAAUCGGAUCCGCAGCCGGAUCUGCCAAAUUCGAGGCCAAGGGGAAAUUCUCCUCCUCCUCCUCCCCAGCUGCGGCAGCUACCAAGCGUGGAACCACCACCAGCAGCAGCAGAGGUAGAGGUAGAGGGAAGGCCGACAAGAAGGUCUACUCCUUGCCCGGCCAGAAGUUCGAUCCUCCGGAGGAGAGGGAGCCUCUCAGGAUUUUCUACGAGUCACUGUCCAAGCAGAUCCCCUCCAGUGAGAUGGCUGAAUUCUGGUUGAUGGAGCAUGGUAUGUUGUCUCCUGAGAGAGCAAGGAAGGCAUAUGAAAGGAAGCAAAAGCGGCAGCAGCAAGUGAGGAUGGGUACCCCAAUCAAGUCUUGUGCAGUGAGAAAAGAUAAUAAACCUGAAAGUUCCAAGAAGCCAGGCAUUAUGGAUUCCAAGGCAAAGAGAAGAGUUGAUUACAGUGACGACGACGACGAUGACUUCAUUGUGAAAAUGAAGAGAUCCAGGGGAUGACAUUUACUUGUAAUUUUUUUAUUAAUUAUAUCAAGUACAGAUACCAAAAAGACAUGCUUUAUAUAAGCUAGGGUCCUAAUUAAUUAAACCCUGCAACUGUACCCGCAUGCAUCUUGAAUAGAUAUACUGAGGUUUGCAAGUUUAUGCUGUUGAAUUGAAUUGUAAUACUAUGUAUGUGCAGAAUUUAAUUUGUC